GAUAGCGCAGUUUAGUCAUCAAACGAAGUUGCAGCGAUAAACAUGGAAAAUGCAUUUGCUCCUAUCAGUGAAGCGUGCGUUAAGGCGCUUAGCGACAAAACCUACGACAAGCGGAAAGUUGCAGCGUUAGAAAUAGAGAAAAUGGUUACCGACUUCAAGGCAAAGAAAAACAUGGCUCAGGUGAAGCGCAUAAUCGAUGUCCUUAGCAAAGACUUCGUGCGCUCGAAUGAUUCAAACAAGAAAAAGGGUGGUCUGAUAGCGCUAGCCGCCACCAGCAUCGCGCUCGGAAAAGACACGGAAAGGUUCAUAGAGGAUAUCAUCAAUCCGAUCAUGAACUGCCUGAUCGACAGCGAUAUGCGGGUGCGUUUCUUUGCCAGCGAAUCGCUGUAUAAUGUCGUGAAGGUGGCACGCGGUGCGGUUCUACCCUACUUUCCGAGUCUGUUCAAUGCACUGAGCCGACUAGUGACGGACCCGGACCAGAACAUCAAGAGUGGUAGCGAGAUACUGGACCGGUUGCUGAAGGAUAUUGUCAACGAAUCGUCCCAAACCUUCGAUCUGGACGCCUUCAUUCCGCUCGUGCGUGAGCGAAUCAUGGUGAAGAGUUCGUUCGCACGACAGUUUAUCAUUUCGUGGAUCUCGGUGCUGAACGCCGUGCCGGAAAUCAACAUGGUGGUCUACCUGCCUGAGAUACUGCACGGACUGUUCCAGAUCCUGGAGGACCCACUGCCCGAAAUUCAGCGCAUGUGCGAAACACUACUGGCCCAGUUUCUCAAGAUCAUCAAGGCUGAUCCAGCUGCCGCUGAUAUUCCAAAGAUGACGAACGUGCUAAUCGUGCAGGCGCAGUCGAGCAACCCACUGAUCCAGUUUUACGCUAUUUCGUGGAUCAAGGAGUUUGUGCAACUGUCCGGUGGGGAAAUACUCAGCUUCGCUAGCGGUAUCUUCACCGCCAUCCUGCCCUGCCUAGCCUUUGAGAGCGACGCGAAGAAAAACAUCAAAGACUGCGCGAACGCCGUCAACCUAAACCUGCUCGAGUUGGUUUCCAACGAGGAGGAUAAGCAGAAAAAUCUUAGCUAUCUCGAUCUGAACCCGGUGAUGGAGGUGCUUCGCCAAUACUUGGUACACAGUCCCGUGCCGACGAAAAUCGCCGUGCUCAAGUGGGUGCACCAUCUGUUCACCGAAGUGCACGACGAGAUGUCCGAACAUGCGAACAAGCUGUUUCCGGUGCUCCUGCGUGACUGUCUGUCGGACAGCUCGGAUGAAGUGGUGUUGCAGGCCAUAGUCGUGCUGGCGGAAAUUGUCAACUCGGCCACCGUAAAGGGCAACGACUUUGAUCAAACGCAAUACAGACAGUUUCUCGUGGAACUGCUCAAUCUGUUCAGCGAAAACAACACCUUCCUGGAAAAGCGGGGCACUCUGAUUAUUCGCCAGCUGUGUCGACUACUGAACGCCGAAUACAUUUACCGCACGUUUGCCGAAAUUUUGCUCGAGGAGCGCAUCAACCUCAAGAUUGCCUCGACCAUGGUGCGGACGCUUAACAUGAUUCUACUUACAACGUCUGAUUUGUUUGAUCUGCGCAACAUGCUCCACGAUAUACGGAACGAGAAAUCUGCCUCCCUGUUCGAGUGUCUUUACAAAUGUUGGGCACACUGCCCAGUAUCGACGUUGUCUCUGUGUCUUCUAGCUCAGUGCUACCAGCACGUGUCCGAGAUUGUUACUCUGUUUGCUGAUAUUGAAAUAACCGUCGACUUUUUGGUGGAAAUAGACAAGAUGGUUCAGCUCAUCGAAUCGCCAAUAUUUGCAUCACUUCGGUUGGCAUUGAUUUCACAUUCGAAUGACAAUGCAAACGCCCAGCAUCUAUCGCGGGCACUGUACGGUAUCCUGAUGUUGCUGCCUCAAACGGAAGCGUUUCAUCUGUUGAACAAUCGGCUUCAAUGCGUACCCAACUAUUGGGGACAGCCGAAUAAAAUCUCGAAGUCUACCAACGAAAGUCAGAGCAAAGUAAAGUUUGACGAACUAUUCACCUACUUUAAGUAUGUACAAGAUCUGCACCACCAAAAGCGCGUUGAAAAACGCAAGAAAAAUCAGUUUUAGGGGCAUUUUCAUGCAGACGAGGUAGUCGCCGGGGAAACUCCAAAGCAGUUUGAAAACACUAUUUGGUUAUCAUACAACAGAUUAUUGAUAGGCAACUUAUGAUGCUUGUUUCGAGAUGGAAGCAUGCGCCAAAGCAAACGGCACCCUGUGUGAAGGUGAAACUUUUUCCAGCAGGCAGGCAUUAGGAACAUUCCAAAUUAACGAAAUGGUUGGCUGCUGAAAGUGCACAUGGAUAUAUCUCUGCCUCAUGAUGCAGCUUUGUUAGGAAAUGUUUUUUAAAAGACA